CUGUAGAAGAUAGUUACCUUUGCAUCGUCAAACGCGCAACAGAUCUAAUCAAUAUGAAGUUCAUCAUUGUAUUCGCUGCCCUCUUCGCUGUGGCCUUCGCCGCCCCCACCGGUGAUGAGUCGUCCGCCCAGGUUGUGCGUUCCGACGUUGAUGUUGGCGCCGAGAGCCACAAGUUCGCCUAUGAGACCAGCAACGGCAUCGCCGCUGAGGAGUCCGGACACCUGCAGGGACAGGGCGAGCACUCUCUCUAUGUUGCCCAGGGCUCUUUCAGCUACACCUCUCCCGAUGGCACCCCCAUCCAUGUUAAGUGGAUCGCUGAUGAGAACGGUUUCCAGCCCCAGGGUGCUCAUUUGCCCGUUGCCCCCGUUGCCUAAGCAACUGCAUUUCUAAUUUGUGUAUCAAAAAGUUGGUAUCGCCGAACUUGAAUGCGUUCUUGUUGAAAUAUACGUAUAUUUUGUGUCGUUGAAA